AUGGGGACUUUCGUGACCCUGGCAGAAGUGCUAGAGGCCAGGGGUUCACCACUAGAUGAGGACGAGGUCUGGUGUCUACUGCUUGUCACCACCGAGGCCUUAAUGGAUGUUUCCAAGAAAGGGUCUGGCAACAUAUGUGGUGUGCUCAGCCCUGGCUCGGUGCUACUGUCCGCUAAUGGGCGUAUGGCCUUUAAAAGCUGUGGGCGAAAUGAUGAUGUGGCCUCCUUUGUGGCCCCUGAAGUCAUUCAGGGUCACACCAGAACCUCAACGGAAAAGUCCCUUGUGUACUCACUAGGUAUGACUUUUUACUGGUGUGUGGAUUAUCAGCUACCUCAAAACCAGCCUGUGCAACUAAGUGGAGAGUUGGAGGGUUUACUCUUUAGCAUGUGCGAGGACACAUUGGUGAGACGGAAUGAUCUGUUGACGGUGCUAGAGACCUGCGAGCUCCACCACAAGACCUAUAUGCUUCCUCCAGCCGAGCGGCUUGUCAAGCAACUGGUAGAAGACAUCUACAGAAACUCGGUCAAUCCUGUGCUGACGACAGAAAAUGGAACCCUGCUGAGGGACCGCAGUCAGCUCAUCAGAGACAAGUUACACAGGCGGUCUUUUUGUAAUGCUACAUGGGUGACAAAAAAGAAGAUCUCUCGAACAUUCUCAGGAGCAUCCUAUACACCUGAGUCCACAGGGAUUCCCUCGGGAUGUCAACGCACAGAGAGUAAUGGGAGCUGGCAGGCGUUCAAUCGCAAUGUCUGUAGCCCUUACCUGGAUGGAGGCCGACGCGCUAACUCUAGAUUUCUAACACAGUUUGCGUCAACAAUGAGUCUAAAUGAGAAGAAAAUGAAGGACAUGGGUCCAGAAUUUAUUAGAAUGUCAGAUGAGCCAGUAGUUGUCCUGGAGCUGCCUGGAUCCAUUUUGUCAAAAAAAGGGAAAUCUCCUAACACACAAAGAGAGCUGACAGUGGUGAUGCCAAACGGUCAGAACAUAGCCAUCAAGUGUGAGGUGAAAUCCAGAGGUGGAGACGUGUUUGAUAUGAUUGUCGCUCAUGCCAACCUUGUGGAACACUUUUACUUUGGCCUUGCUUAUAUUGAUGAUAAUGAGUUUUUCUUUGUGGACAACGAUACCAAGAUCUCCAAAGUUGCUCCAGAUAGCUGGAAGAAAGUGCCUUCGACAACGUUUAUCCUUUUCUUCAGGGUCAAAUUCUUUGUCAAUGACAUUUCUACUAUUUUGCACAAACAGACCCACCACCAGUACUACCUCCAACUCAGAAAAGACCUCUUGGACGACAGAUUGUCAUGCCACGAGGAGACAGCUCUGUACCUCGGAGCUCUAGCCUUGCAGACAGAGUAUGGUGACUGCAUGCCUGAGGUGUAUGGUAGAAACUACUGUCGCCCUGAUCAAUAUGUCCCCAAAAGUGUUAUCGAGAAACGUGCCUUGCCUUAUAUUCUUGGAGAAUUGCAACGACUCCAUUCUAACAAUGCCCAAAUGCUCACAGAGGAAUCCGAACUUGAGUUCCUCAAGGUGUGUCUACAAUUGCCUGAAUACGGUGUUUUGUUCCACCGUGUGACGCGUGAAAAAAAGCCUGUAGAAGGAGAGAUUAUCCUUGGAGUUUGUGCCAAAGGCGUUAUUGUCUACGAAGUGAAAGAUGGCUCCCGAAGCACCAGCCAGGUUUUUUAUUGGAGGGAGACAGCCACUAUUUCCUCGAAUAGGCAUAAGUUCACAAUAGAGUGCCGAGCCAGUAAGAAGAAACACACCUUUAUUACGGAGACGUCAAAAAUAGCCAAAUACCUGUGUAACCUCUGCUCAUCCCAGCACAAGUUCAACAAUGAAAUGAAUUCUCGCCAGCUCAGUCACAGCAUGGUCUCAGAAAGUCACAAUAAACAAGGCUCUUCAUCAGAGAGAGAGGUCAUUUGUGUUUCCCUCAAGAAAGACCCUAAGCUUGGCCUUGGCAUCAUGAUUGUGGGAGAGGACACAGUCGGACGUUAUGAACUGGGCAUUUUUAUUGCCUCAGUAGUGCCCGGGGGUCCUGCGGAUAAGGAUGGACGAAUCCGACCAGGUGGUCGCCUGAUCUCUCUGAACCACAUCAGCUUGGAAGGCGCCACCUUCAGCGAGGCAGCAGAGGUCAUGCAGAGCAGCCCAGAGGAGGUGCAGCUCAUUAUCUCACAGCCAAAAGCUCCCCAGACUCCAAACACUCUGCGACCUUCUGCAUUGAGAAAUUAUGAGUCACAAAGCACGUUGAUGGCUUGCGGGCAGUUAAGCGACAGCCUGGAUGAGAUCGUCUCUGUCAUGAUGGAGCCAAAGAUCAGCAACAGACUACACCCUCCUCAAGAAGUCCGCAUUCUAAAUGCACAGGAUGGCUGCUCACUUUCUUCCUAUGUAAACUGUGUGAGGUCAGAAGAGAACACAGUGAAGCUAAAGAAAGUAGCUGGGAGUCUGGGCAUCAGCAUCACUGGCGGGGUCAACACGAAUGUUCCCAAUGGUGGAAUCUACAUCAAAAGCCUUGUACCAGGAGGGUCUGCUGAGAGGGAUGGGCGCAUACAUGCAGGUGAUAGAAUAUUAGAGGUUGAUGGAAUCAGUUUUCAAGGUGUCAGCUAUGAGCAAGCUGUGGAGUGUCUGGGCAAAACUGGGGAGAUGGUGACUUUAACUGUGGAGAGUGCACCAAUGAGCUUUCCUAGGGUUUCUCUUAGCACCUACACCGACACUAGUGAACCCAUUCAUGAUAUUGAUGUCGCUACCAGGCACCUCAGGAUCAACAGCGUCUCAUCCGUGAGCGCCGCUUCCCACAUAAUCUGUGACCGACCCAGGGAUUACAAUUUUGUUACCGAAGAAAAUACACAGGAAGUCACUCUGACUAAGAACGCAAAUGGUCUGGGCUUUAGUUUCGUUAUGUGUGAGUUGGACCCACCCAUUCCUGACUUCGGAAGCCUGAUCCGGAUAAAGGAGCUUUUCCCCGGCCAGCCGGCCCAAUUGAGUGGUAGGAUCAAUGAGGGAGAUGUCCUUUUGGCUAUCAAUGGCCUGUCACUCAAGGAGCUGUCUUAUCCAAAAGUACUAAAGCUGUUCAAGACGUCACCCCAUGAAGUCCGAUUGACGCUCUGUAGGCCUUCACCUGGAGUCCUUCCGUCUAUCCAUGAGCUUACAGGAACAUGA